AUGGAGUACACCGUGUCACCCAAACCUCAGCUCUCCUCCCGUGCGAACGCCUUCUCCAUCGCGGCGCUCAUGUCAAGCGGAAACCCCAAAGAGAAAGAAAACCCCGAGAACACCCUUAAGCCUCUGGAGCAAUUUGUGGAGAAAUCAUCUUGUUCUCAGCCUCUGAGUGAUUUGCCAAACUUGGACACCCAUGGGGAUUUCAGCAGCAGUAGCAGCCCUUCCUCUCUCUGCACAGAGCCACUAAUCCCCACCACCCCAGUUAUCCCUAGUGAAGAGAUGGCUAAGAUCUCCUGCAGUUUGGAAACCAAAGAGCUUUGGGACAAAUUCCAUGAACUAGGGACUGAGAUGAUAAUCACAAAAUCAGGAAGAAGGAUGUUUCCAACCAUUAGGGUCUCCUUUUCUGGCGUGGAUCCAGAAGCCAAGUUCAUUGUGCUCAUGGAUAUAGUUCCAGUGGACAAUAAGAGAUACAGAUAUGCCUACCAUAGAUCUUCCUGGCUGGUUGCUGGCAAAGCAGACCCCCCUCUGCCUGCAAGGCUGUAUGUGCAUCCAGAUUCUCCAUUUACUGGAGAACAAUUGCUGAAGCAGAUGGUAUCCUUUGAAAAAGUGAAACUCACCAACAAUGAGCUGGAUCAGCACGGUCAUAUAAUAUUGAAUUCAAUGCACAAAUAUCAACCUAGAGUGCAUAUCAUCAAAAAGAAGGAUCAUACAGCUUCCUUGCUUAACUUGAAAUCUGAAGAAUUCAGGACAUUUAUAUUUCCAGAGACAGUGUUUACAGCUGUCACUGCCUAUCAAAACCAACUGAUAACCAAGCUGAAAAUUGACAGCAACCCUUUUGCUAAAGGAUUCAGGGAUUCUUCCAGACUCACAGAUAUUGAGAGAGAAAGUGUAGAGAGUCUUAUACAAAAGCAUUCCUAUGCUCGAUCCCCCAUCAGAACCUAUGGAGGAGAAGAUGAAAUUCUGGGAGAUGAUAACCAAACAACACAAAGCCGAGGAUCAGCUUUUACCACAUCUGAUAAUUUGUCCCUCAGUUCCUGGGUCUCAUCCUCUUCAGGUUUUCCUGGAUUUCAACAUCCACAGUCCUUGACUACUCUUGGUUCCAGCAGUGCCUCAAUAGCCACUCCAAUUCCUCACCCAAUUCAAGGAUCACUGCCUCCAUUUAGCCGCCUGGGAAUGCCUUUGACACCUUCUGCCAUUGCUAGCUCAAUGCAAGGAAGUGGCCCCACAUUCCCAUCUUUCCAUAUGCCCAGAUACCACCAUUAUUUUCAGCAAGGGCCUUAUGCAGCAAUUCAGGGACUACGCCAUUCUUCUACAGUGAUGACACCUUUUGUAUGA